CUGGCCUGGCCUUCAUGGAGUGUGGACGUGUGCUUCACGCCUCUCACACUUUUAUAUACUUUUUUCUUGUGUUAUCUGAUGUGUUUUAGUUAUGGCCGAUGUGUGUGAUACAAGUUUAUUAUAGACACAUAACUACUGAGGCCACACGCAAGAAAGAAAAGGGAACUGAGAAAAAGUACAUAAGCAUUUUUGGAGAAGUGGGAGAAGAGGAGGCGCAGGAAGUCAUGGUAUAGGCUGAGGUGAAGGCCUAAACUACACCAUACGAGGUUGUUACACCUCAACCCAUCGUUAGUCACUCGUGACCAGCAGCACCACCUAAACCACCACCAUGUCCCUGGAGAUCAAGGUGGUGAGCGCCUCCAGCCUUCAGAACCUGGAGACACUGGGCAAGAGUGACCCUUAUGUUACCAUCAACUUUCAAGGAGAGAAGAAGAAAACUGAGGUACAAGAUGGUACACUUGACCCGGUGUGGGAGGAGACAUUAAAAUGGGAACUGGGUACCAAGCCUCCCAGAGCAGACGAGUGUAUUGAUAUUACUGUCAAGGACUAUGAGAGAAUAGGAAAAAAUAGACUGCUGGGGAAGGCAACCAUCGCUCUGAGGAAUGUGGUUCAUGCUGCCCCCGGCACCCCACUGGACUAUGACCUGGGUCUCCUUGAUGCUAAUGACUCUCCUACUGUUGGCACACUUAAGCUGACCAUCUCUUACACUCCUCCAGCAGGUGCAUCUACAGGAGGUGGUCGUAGUAUAGGCGCACUAGCAGCCAGGUCCGCUGGGGUCACCUCAGAGCUGGCAGACGGUAUGAACCAUUCAGCAGGAGGUAGGGGCAAGAAGAGAGGGAAAUUCCGAUUUGGGCCCAAGCGUCUGGCUGAAACCGUUUUGAAAGAGACAGACUCAAGAAUCAGUGCCACACCAGAUGGCGGGGUGGACGCAGCCACGGUGGGAGGGAUGCCUCAGAUGCCCCAACAGAGGAAUAGAGACAAGCUCUCCAGUGCCAAAACAAAGUUUCAGAUCCGGGUGAGAGUGGUGGAGGGACGUCAACUGAUGGGCUGUAACAUAAAUCCUGUGUGCCAAGUGUCCAUGAAUGGUAAUGCUCGUCAGACUAAGGCUCACAAGGGCACCACUACUCCAUGGUUUGACCAGAUCUUCUUUUUCCAAGUUGAAAAACUUCCCGCUGAAGUCAUGGAAGAUUAUCUUGAGUUUAAGGUGUGCAACUCCAGCGGUAUUCGGGCCAGUACCCUCAUUGGCUCUUUCAAGUGUGAGGUUGGUAUGGUAUAUGACCAGGCUGAGCAUGCCAUACUCAACCGUUGGCUGGUAUUGGCCAACCCUGAGGAGCCAACACCAACAGUGCAAGGAUACUUGAAGGUGUGUGUGGCUGUGCUGGGUCCUGGGGAUGUGUGUCCAGACAUGACAGCACGGCAGAGUGACCAGGAUGAUGUAGAAGCCAAUCUCCUUUGGUCAGCAGGAGUCCACCUCCAGCCAGCCACCUUUAUCCUCACAGUCUACUGUGCCCAGAACCUUCCUCGAAUGGAUGCAGGAACAAUGCAGACACUGAGGAGGUGCUGGGUAAGGAAGACUUCAAAGGAGCUGGUGGACCCGUACCUGAUGGCUGGUUACGCUGGUCGGGAGGUCCAGACCAAGAUACUUUACACCAAUGAAAACCCAGAGUUCCGGCAGAACCUCCACAUGGGCUUCCUCUUCCCUUCCAUGUGUAAUGUUAUCAAGAUCACUCUUAAAGAUUGGUUUUUCUUCCAACCUUUGGGGCCCUCCCUGGGUGAGGGGUAUACGGAGCGAGGCCCUGAGUGGGGCUCCUCGAAAAUAAGAGGGUACCGGGGCACUCGUAAGUUUAUCCUCAAGUGUCAGAUCAGUGGUGCCUGGCACUUGGAGGAUGCUGGUAAGCCGCUGGAAGUGGAAGUUUCAAUUGGUAAUUUUGGCAACAAGCUGGAGAACACUAUGAUGCCAUCACCGUCCUCCACACAUCCCUCCAACCCAGUCUUUGAUGGCUGCAAAUAUUAUUUCCUGCCAUGGUCAGGAGCAGAACCAUUUGUGACAGUCCAUUGUGACUAUGAGGAUGUAACCCACCGCCUUCACUGUGUCAACCAUAUCACUGCCAUCAUCAUGACAGUGAAAAAGAACUUACAUAGCCUAAAGUCACUUCUGCGAGGACGUCGUUACAAACAAGAGGAAGACAAAGAAGUGGAAGACUGUAUACAGACUGCCUUGUCUAACCUGGUAUCAGCGUGCAACAUGGCCUUGCCUGAAGUUGAUCCAGUGCGUCAUACUGAAACUUCACUUGACCGACACCUGAGGGAUCGUCGGCGUCUGGAGUUGGACCAAAUGAAGACUACCGUGCUGAAGGUGGACACAUCAGAUCCUCAACAGGUGGUAGUAGAGCUGGAGUCUGCUCUAGACACACUGGAGGUCUUAGCACAAGAGCCCCAAAGCAGCAUUCCAGACGUUUUCCUGUGGAUGAUGAGUGGCACAAAACGCCUGGCAUAUGUCCGCAUUCCUGCCCACUCUGUGUUGUUUGCCCAUGAGCCCACCUCUCAAGGUACACUGGCUGGCAAGUUCCAUACUUACACCCUCAGGAAACCAGGUGCCUUUUGCUUUCUUCCAUCUCAGGGAACUUUCCGAGUGUACCCACUAUCUCCCGACGACUCAGAGGAACCACCUCUGAUCCUGGAUGGAUUCCCUUCUCCGAGCCCGCAAGAAGUGGUAGCUCGGGUGUAUGUUGUACUUGGACAGGACCUGGCACCCAAGGAUGCUGGGGGCUCCUCUGAUCCCUACAUUGUAGUCAAGCUUGGCAAGAUGAUGAAGACCUCCAAAGAUAAUUACAGACCCAAUACCCUCAAUCCACUAUUUGGAGAAGUGUUUGAGGUUGCUGGAACAUUGCCUCUGCACAAGGAUCUCUUGGUGCAGGUGUGGGACCGUGAUCUUAUUACAUCAGAUGAUCUCAUUGGUGAGACAACCAUAGACUUGGAGAACCGCUACUUAACCCGCCACCGAGCUACAAUUGGUCUUCCUCGACAAUAUCAUGUGAGCGGAGGCAAUAAGUGGAGAGACAUUGAACUCCCAACAGAGAUUCUGAAGAAGGCUGCCCAUCUGAGGAACCUGGAAGGACCUGUGUGGCAAUCCCAGCCUCUCAGCCUCACCCUUUCUGGAGUCCAAUACUCCCUCACAGACUUUGAGCCACCCGAUAGUGUACUGCCCCCAACAGUUGGAGAUUCUAAAGAGAGGCUGGCUCUCUAUGUGCUGCACAAGGCCAUGCCUCUCGUCCCUGAGCAUGUCGAGACCAGGGUUCUGAUGCACCCAGCUCAUCCAGGCCUGCCGCAAGGUCAACUGAAGCUCUGGGUCGACAUCUACCCAUUCACCAAGGAUCCAUUACCCACAGCAGUUGAUAUUACACCCCGCCAAGCACACAAGUACGUUCUGCGGAUAGUGGUGUACAAUGUGUUUGAGGCACCACUGCAGGAGACCAGCUUUGUGGGUGGAGAGAAGAUGAGUGAUGUUUAUGUCAAGGGUUGGCUUCAGGGUACUACCAAUGUCCAGAAGACUGACAUCCAUUACAGGUAUGCUUGGCUGAAAUCUUGAAUUUCACAUAGAUAA